UUUUACGCUCUGCUCACCUCUCCGCGUAGUAAAGCCUCUCCACGCCGCCGCUCCGUCACCAGUCUGCCGGUGGUCUGAGGGCCGUCACUGAGGCUCCACCGGCAACGAGACAACGGACACAGUAUCGAACACCACCCCCCCUCCCCUCCCCUCCCCUCCUCUUAACCCUCCUCCUCCUCCUCCUCAUCCUCCUCAUCUGGCUGUUGCUGCGCUUCUGCUGCAGAGUCCAAGUUCAGGUGAGCCUCGUCACCGACACAACAAGUCCUCUCCCCGGUUCCGACCGGGAUGCUUGCUCCAUCCCGUUAAAUGGGAUGUUAUAAAUGGGCCGCGCAGGAUGUGAAGCCUCGCUAGAAGAAGCAGGAGGAUGGCUAAACCAGGCUUGUCUGCGGCGGUGCUGCUGCUCCUGCUGGGCUUCCUGUCGGUGUCCUCCGUUAAUGCCGACACCCUGCUGUCAGCUCCGCUCAAUGUGACCAUCAGAGAGAUUGAGGUCAACUCUGCUAUGGUCACGUGGGAAAUCUUGGAGGGGGACCCCGUCAUCGGCUUUGCCAUCACCCAACAGAAGAAGGAUGUACGCAUGCUGAGAUUCAUCCAGGAAGUGAACACCACCACGCGCUCCUGUGCAUUGUGGGAUCUGGAUGAGGACACGGAGUACAUCGUUCACGUUCAGAGCAUUAGCAUGGGAGGCAGCAGCCCCCCCAGUGAGCCGGUCCUUUUCAGAACGCCCAAAGAGUCGGAGAAGAUGGCGUCUAAGAGCCCAGACGAGGUGACGAUGGAGGAAGUUGGUCAGGCUGCCCAGCUGAGGGCUGGAGAACUCAUCAUCAUUGUAGUGGUGCUCAUCAUGUGGGCAGGGGUGAUCGCCCUGUUUUGUCGUCAGUAUGACAUCAUCAAAGACAACGAGCCCAACAACAACAAGGACAAAGCCAAGAACUCCUCAGAGUGCAGUACUCCAGAGCACCCACAGGGGGGGCUACUGCGGAGCAAUGUCUAAGACCAGCCCUGCAUAGCCUUGUGCAAUAACCAACUCCUCGAACCUCAGGAUAGGUGAGGAACAGGAAAUCUUUAUUUACUGUCAUCUACAAAAAGGACUCAUUUUAUGUAAUACCUCAUAUAAAUACUUACUAUAUUUAUUUCAAUGCUUUUUUUCUUUUUGCUCCAUUUUGUUAAUACGCUUCUGCAACAACCUAAAUCCCCCCCACCAUCUUAUCCUCAAGGGACCAUCUCUUCAUUAAUUUACGGUUUUCUCUCUGAUUCCCAUAUAUUUUGACAGCCCACCAUGCUUUUUAUGGUUUUAAACUAGUUUCUGUUGUGUGUGAAUUUUUUUUUCUUCCAGUUUCUCAACAUGCUGAAGUGUUGCAUGGGGCUGAGCAAUAGUCGUCAUCUAAGCCAAAAACACUAGAGCAAAAGUGUAUGUAUGUACAGUAAAUUUGUUUCUUCCAGACCCUGAGACCAACAGAAAGCCAUUCUCAGACAUCAUCGUUCUGAAGAAUCGAUAAACCAUUACAGAAACUCUUCUCUACACAGUGAAGAACUCUUCAGAAACAAUGGACACCAAUCUGAACUUGCAGAAUCGAAUGUUGCAAAUGGUCAAACAGGAAACAGAAGAGGACAAAACUACAUUCACCUUUGUUGUGACCAAAAGUGGACUGUAGCCUACUUGGAGUGGACAGCCAAUAUAGACACAAGGGGACGUAAUUUCUUCGUGACAAGAACUGCUUGAUUCAUACGUUCUGGUUACUCUCCAUCAGUGGCAUCGAAUCCCAGGAGCGGAUCGUCAAACAUGAAUGUCUGAGUGUUGUUUUUCUUUUCGUCAACUUCAGGUUUGUAUCACUGGUCAGAGAUGGCAGAAAUGUAGGUUGCCUCGCAAGGUCCAGGUAUCAGUCAGCACACAACUAAAGAAGCUAAGCUCUGUUUUAAACCAAGGACUUUCUCUUUUUCUAUCUCUCAUCCACAUUGCCUCCUUUCUGUCUUUAUUACAGCCCUUUGUGUAGCAGCUCAUCUCCAUCUAUUUCUUUCUGUGUCUGUGUCUCUCUAAUAAUAAUGUUGCCGUUUGGUGCUCCUCCUAUUGUGAUUGUUUGAGCCCUCACAAUCCCAAUCUUUAUUACGGUAUUGUUUUGUUAUUCGUCAGAAGUAUUGCACACUGAGUCACGUCUCCUGCCUUUCUCUCUCUGCGUCAUCAGUUAAAUGAUGCAUCUGUUUUUCUCUCCCCUUUCUGAACUGGAACCUUAAUGCCAGUUCAGGGAUAAAAUCGGACACAUUUUUUACAGCGCCCAAUAUUUUCCUUGUAUGAGUUGGAUGAUGCUGUCUGAAUACAGCCAUGAUUCAGACAAAGUUCGAGGAUUGACCAGGCAAUGUCUCCUCACAGCGGUGUCUCACUCCAAAUCAAAAUUUUGGUUUGAAAUCCAGAAGUUAACUUCAGUGUCAAACUUUUAAAAGACUGGCAUGGCUGGAAAGUUACUGAUUUAGAUUCAAAUUGAAGUGUUUUGUUCAUCACUAUAUAUUCAGCACCAUAUGCUGCCUGUGGUCUGCAACAGGAUGUGCAGGGAAUAAGGAUGGAGAUACGCAGGGCAUCUUUCCUAAUGUAUACACUGGGCAAAUUUUGGCUGGGUUUCCACUCUGGUUUGGCUAAAGAACAGCAGGGAUGGCAGGCUGUAGAAGCACACAGAUGAUCCACUCAGCUGUGUGGCUGAACCCUGUUUUGAAAUGUAAACCAUUUUCUCUCAGACCCCCCUCUGAAAGUAUCAUUAACAUUCAUCAUAAGCAAUUACUUACUUCUGUAAAUUGUGCUGAAAUAAGUAAUUACUGAAUCAAUUAGUUUGACAGAAAAUUAAUUGAUGACAGUUUUGAUAAUCAUUUUAGUCAUUUAAAAAGUCCAAACAUCAGAAGUUUGAGGAUUUAUAUACCCUUCAUCAUACAGUACCACAUCAUACCAUUAUCACAUUUGUGUUUAUUUACUGUUGGGCAGACAGCAUAAGCAAUUUGAGUACACCACAUUGAUAACUGUGACAUUUUAUAGGGGAAGUAAUCAAUUUAAGGUCAAUAUUCUAUAUUUUCCUUCUUGUCAAAAAAUCUAAUGAAAAGACCAAAAUCAACAAUGAACAGAUGAACUGACUGUAAUAACAAGUGUUGUGUCUGUGUGUAGCCAAAGCCUGAUAUGUAUCUUAUUCCCCCUUGCCAUAGCCAGAGCUCCAUUGUUGUCUAAAAAACGAUUAUAAACACAAUGACACACAUCGUUGCACUUGGUGAAACGUUCCUUCAUUGCAAUGAACAUGGGCACUGUAGUUUAUUUUGAGUCAAUCCCACAACAUCCUGCUGCUGUAAAAACUCCCUGGUGCAUCAAAUGUGUAUUAAUCCACAGCCGAAAAUAGUCCAACAAAUGCACUAUUUACUCCUGUUUAAGUAACAUUUGCUAAAAACUACAGUGCCCAGCUGUUUUAGGAAAUUACUUGUGCCAACAGCACGAAUAGGAUGUUUGUCUCCCGAGCCAGUGAUUCCGUCUUCUUAGCCAUGACUACAUCCAUUUCUCUUUUUUUAUUUUGCGAUGCGAAACAUAGCACACACAAAUGCAACCAGCUGAUGACGACAGUCCGCCUCCAUGUUUGUUUUUUUCUAAAGUCACGUUUGAUCACACGAGUUUCUGUGAGAUCCCAAGUCUCUGGAAUCGCCACUCUGAAAUCGUUUAGUGUAAACGGCAACUGUGUGGUCCUGCGUCUUGACUGAAUUGUCUGGUGUGUGCGUCCUUACAAUUCAAAUAUCAAAAAACAGUUAACUCUGUCGCUACGUCUGUGGUCUCCCACGUUUUUAAAAUCAGUUAGAAUUUGAAAAUCCUCUAGUGUGCACCAGGCAUAACACAUGGUUUUGGUCUUUUCAAAAAGAAAAAUAUAGAAUAAUGUCUAAUCCUUAAAAGCAAAAACAAACGGAAAGAUUAAUCAAUGAGGAAAAUCAUUAUUAUUUGCAGCCCUAAUUCUUAAGCACAUUUGAACAUUCUAUUAUUAAAGGAGAAAUCAUAGCAUACAUAUUCAUUACCUUUCCACUUAUUUAGUUACCGCUUCAUCAAGGGUUUUAUGUGAAGGAGCAUCACACAAUCAGAAGUAUACAGCUAAAGAUAAAGCGUCAUUAUCUUCUUUGGGGCUUCCUGUUCAAUUAUGAUGUGCUAUCCACAUAACUGCAAAUAUAUUGGACCCCAACGCCUGAACACCGGCGCUCCGACCAGUUGAGUUCACUAAAAAGCACUGCGAAGCUGAACUCAGCAGACUUGCAGCCAUAUUAGAGAUAAUGAGUGAAUGUCUGAAUGCCUCGCUGGUUGAGAUGACUGCUAAUCAGCACCACAUACACACAUAUACUGUAUACACACACACACACACACACACACAUAUAUACACAUGCUGGAUUUAAAUACUGCCCUCCUGUGCUGAGAGAGAGACAGCCAUUACUUUUUCAUCUCAAUCAUCAGUUCUGCCAGCACACCGGGCCCUCACCCUGCCAUCCAUUUUUCACCCUCUCCUUUCUCUGUCUCCAGCCACCCUCAUCCGCCAUCAUUCUCCCGUUUAUGACUUUCCCCUCACUUUCUAUCUCUCUGUCACAAUGCUCUCUUUCUCAUAUAUCAUUCCACCCUUCCUUGUUUCUCCCCUUCACCAGUUUGUCCUCACUUCUCUUCCCCCCCCAGCUUCCCUCUCCCCUGUUUCUCGUGAUAUCCACUCUCAGACCUCCGUUAGCCGCCUUCUCCCUCGCCGCAUCAGCUCAUGUCUGUUUUAUUCGGCGCCGGCCCACUGCCUAUCCCUCACUCCUCUGCUAUUUAUCACCUUUUUGUCUCAGACCGGCGUGGAUGGACGCUUCACCUGGUAAACAAGUAAAGCGGAAUAGACUAGAGGGAGGAGGACAAUGUAAGAAUCAAUGAAAGAGGAGAACUGACAGGUAAGGUAGAGAUAAGAUGAGUGAGGAAAGAAGGAGAGGAAGUAAGGAAGAUGCACUUUUAUACACUAUUAAUAAGCACAUACCUAAAGGUUGAGUUUUAUAAGUGCGUUUAAAAAGGCAUAGGAACAGGACUUGUCAGAUGUAAGAAGGACACAUAAUUGACUGUUCGUUAAAGUCCACCCCUGAACAGCGACGGUUGGAGUUUGGAGGGUGGUGUCUUUUUUUUUUCUUUUUUGCCUUGCCAAAACCAAAAACACAACAUGCAUGUCCGUUUACAACUAGCACGUCCAUUGUGUAGCAUUUCCCCACUGUGUAGAAGCCGGUCCUGGUUGUUAUCACCAGAGUUUAGGCUAACGUUCGCAGCUCUGUCUUGCUCGUUACUGGAAUUGCGGAAGUUUACACUGUGGCAAUCCCACCCAACGCUACCCGAGAUAGUGUUACAUUUGCCAAACACGUUAUUUAGUCCUCAUCCCAAAAGCCUUUUCUCUUGUAACGUAAAAGUGAAAACAUACAGUUUGAAAGUGCGAACAAGUAUCUAAGAUAAGCAGCCAACUGUUAUGUUAGAAGAAAUAACAGUGUGAUCUUACAUUUUUCUGUACUUAUUGUACUUAAUAAUACUAGGAGCUCUACACUGCGAUACAAGUACAAUACUGUAUUUUUAUUUCUGUCUUCUACAUGUAUCGUCAAUUCAUACCUGCCAACACUCCCGUUUCUCCCGCAUUUCAAGGCCAUCUCCCAGCCCCCUCCCGUUUUGUUGUUUCUCCCGGGAAAACUCCCGUAAUGUGCAUGGCCCUCAAACUUUAUUAUGAAUACACAGAUCCAAGUUUUGGAUGUUUGUCUGACGUCACCCAAGAUGCCAGAUCGUCUACGAAACACAUCCACACCACACAAUCCACACACUGCAUACAAUUUCAGCCCAUCUGUUAUUGCAACCGGCCACACCCCGAUCCAAGGGGCGUGUGCGCAGGUGCUUUCUGCACAGGCAGACGGGCCAGCUAACUUAACGUUAGCUGUGUUCAAAUAAAAUGUCAGGGCAUGACAGCGUAGCAGAUAGCUGAAAAAAAAAAGUGGUUUAAAAGUGGUAAAAAAAAAUCCUUAUCAAACUUACAUGAUCAAAAAACAAUUGAGUAACCUAACACCCCUUAAAAAUUUUGCCUUUGUUGACCUCCAGAGAUUUAACUUCUCACGUUGUUCCAGUGAUGGACACCAUGACAUCACCUUUGGGUGUGGUUACAAAUGCAACAAAGCACAUUUCAGACCACACCCAACCACAUCCUGUCAAAGGUGAAACAGACUUGAAACGUUCAACCUCAGAGAGCAGUGAAACACUGCUUUUCAGCCUGGUGUUAAGUUACUCUUAAAUGUAGGCUGAAGCUGAAAAUAAUUAACAGAUUCAUACACAAGUCUCUCAAGCCAGAAUGGGUGUAAAACAAAUCCAUCUAGAGAGAGAAGAGAUUAAACGAAUGACUGUGUAGAAUGAAUAAGUGACUCAAGUGGUGGUCUGUUAACUCAAGCUGGUUGUAGAGAGAAACCAUCUGACAUCUUUGAGAAACAAAGAGAAAUAGACUAAAACAGCAGAUUUGUGAUUUAAGAAGCAUGUGAUACUUGAAGCGAUGACAGAAGUGGGACAUCAUGGUUGGCCUGAAGAACACAGUAGAAUUAAAGAACAAGCAUGUCUGACAAAGUAGACACUGGGGAUUUGAAUGUCAAGCCUGUUAGAAGCUGGAAAAAGGAGUGGUUGUUGUUGCUCCGUCGGCACAGAUGGACCAAGUGUAAGCAGGGAAAGACUCUGGAAGUAUUUCUAAACCAUACCCUUUUCCUGUUUCAGGGGGGCUGAUCGAGUUUACCCCAGCCCUUACUCUAACGUUUGCUCUUUAAAGGAACAGUCCUAAAACUUGGGGAAUGUGCUUGUUUGCUGUUAAAUCCAGUCAGAUGUGAAUGAGGCGUUGUGCUAAGCUAGGCUAGCCUGGAUCAUGAAUCAUUGCACGUAUCACUGACUUGAUGCGAAUAGGUCUGGUGUUGUGCCAACACCUCUAGUUGGAUUAACAGUCGACCAAUUAGAGCUUUGUAGGAAGGAUUAAGAAUGGGGACGUCAUCUUUAUAGCCGGCUAGCUACCUAGAUACAUCCAUGAAAAAUAGCGACAGGAAAAUAUUGACAGAAAUGUCAUCAAGCAUGGAUGAGACUGAUGCAGCUUUACAAGUUGUUGUAAGUCAUUUUACAGAAAUAACUCUUAAAUUUGACGCUUUUUUAAAAAUUGGUUAAAUGUUUCUACCACAGCUGCUGUGUGGACUGAAAGUGGCGUGGCAGGACGGAUACAUCACUCAGACAAAACAAUAUUAACCCCCUUCCGACACUAAAUCAGCUGACGUUAACACAAUGUCAAACUGAAUGAAUCAAGGGAAACAAAAUGGCAAUUCAGUCUGAUUAUCAGGUUAAGACUAACCAUAUCCCGAACUUACUUUUGUUUUGAAGAUGUUCUGAGAUGAAACUGAUAGUGAUUUUCUCACCUGACAAAAGUUUGACAGGCAACAAGCACAUUACUCAAAAGGUCGGACUGUUCCUUUAACUUUUGGACGUUACGCUCUCUGAAAUCAGCAGCUGCAUCCUCUCUUGCCUUCAGAAAUCAGAAUAACUUUGUUCUCUCUUUUGUGAAUGAUCAAAGGAAACAAACGCUGUUGAUGUUGUUCUUGCCAUCAUCUUGAAACUAAAUUUCUCAUUAAACCGGGUGCAUGUGGGGUUAACAUUAUCUGGAUCACUGAACAUUAGUUUGACAUAGUGAGUGAUAAAAGUACAAAUGGGCUUAGUAACUGUAAUAGUAUUCAACCUGAAGUUGUCAUUUUCCUGUAUCCGUCCAAUCCACACAUACACACACACACACUUAAACACUCACUCAUGCACCAAGUCCAUUCUCCAGCUGGCUGCGGUCCAGACCGACACAUUGGGGGAAGCAGCAGAAGGCAGGUCUGGCCCAGACAGCUCUGUCUCUGUCUAUCUGACGCUGCAGGAGGUAACUCGACAGCUGCUCAAGGUGAACAUCCAAUGAGGCAUGUGCGAAUACGGAGCCUGAAACCGGGAGUGAGACCUAAAGACAGACAGAGAGAGGCAGGGAGACAGAAGAUGAGUCAGAGAAUCAGAGGGAAUAGCACUGGGAGUGACAGAUACAGAGGGAGAGAGAGGAUCGUUACACCCAGUGGGGUUUGCAGUGUCGAAGCUCUAAGUUCAGUCCAGUAUGAUGAGGUGUUUGAAUGUUAACAGGGGUGUUUAGUUUAGUGUGUUGUGGAACAAUAUGGGCACAAAGUGAGUCCAAAUUUGAACUUUAGAGUUCGUCAUUGAAGCAAAUAUGAAAGGAGUGUUUUUACAAAGCAUAACCAGUUAAAUUAAAAAUUGCAUAUGCAGGACCUGAAAUGUAUCACAAUGGCCAAAUGAUAUCUAAUCAAUCAUUGCUUUACUUUGUGCCCAUGCAGGUUCUGGAAGCAAAUGAUUUUUACCAUAAUUUAUAGGUUUGAGUGAAUUGACACCCCUGGAUUUUUUUUAAACAAGUGCUUGCUUGACUUUACAAUCUCUCCAAACUAAGAUAAUUUUGUUUGUAUGUAUGUUUUAGGCCCUCACUACUUAUAAAACUAUAAGACUUAAGAAAUGUUAACAUAAUAAAUAAUCCAGUAGUGCAAUUUGUCCCACUGCAACACCCUGAGCUUCUCACUAACCCCGACCUUAAACCAAGUUCCUGCUUACCUAAUCAUCAUGUGCCAUCGGAAGACUACAAAAUUGGUUAGUCAUUCCAUUCACACUGGUUUGCCUGUACUGUAGAUGACUGGAUGAGUGACUAUUGAGAGCCUUUGAUUAAUCACCCUAAGGUCCUACACAUAGAAAAGAAUAGGGCCGUUUAGUUAUGGCAUAUAUCUGUACUUUAUGUCGAAGCAAAUAACCAAGAAGCAUGGAUUUACAGCAGAAUAAUGGAGUCAGUGUUUUAUGUACAAUCAUGACGUCUGUGUUUGAACCAUUUUGAUGUUCAUGGGUUAAAACCUGUUCAUGAGGGCUAGCAUGACUCUGCUAUCGUUCACAUCCAUGGUAUAUGUACUAUUUCUAUGAAAAUAUAAAUGUCUAAUUAUGUAUUAACACAGGAAAGAAUUAAAAUAUUUUCAAUGCAC